CGCGUGCAAAGUAGUGUCCACGGGACGAAGCAGCGGGUUGUAAUGCUGUAGAUUUGGACUGGCUGGAUGUCAGCGUUCGCACUUUGACAGUUCAGGAAAAUUGCUUGCACCUUCCCAUUUUUUGGUCAUUUUUUUUUAUUUGGUGUCAGCAGGAUACAGGCAUUAUUGGAGACAAAAUGGACGAAUAGCAAUUAUAAAUGAUAUACAUGCUUACAAUUUAAUCCUACAUGCAAGGCUUUUGUAGACUAUUCUGACAGUCUCAUUUUAUCCCCGGGAUGAUUUGGCUGCGAUUUAUACAAGAAAACGCAUUUGGGAUGUUAAGUCGGAUUUGAUGAAUAACUCUUUUCAAGGACUUCUCAUCGACUUGGACUGAAGAAUCUUCUGCUUCUUGUAGUACAUCAGCUCUCUGCGUGUUCUGCGUGAGUGUAAACAUGCUCCAGUGCGCCGGGUGCGAGCGGCCCAUCCUGGACAGGUUCCUGCUGAACGUGCUGGACCGCGCGUGGCACGCCAAAUGCGUCCAGUGCUGCGACUGCAAGUGCAACUUAACGGAGAAAUGCUUCUCCAGAGAGGGCAGGCUUUACUGCAAAACAGACUUUUUUAGACGGUAUGGCACAAAGUGUGGAGGCUGCUCUCAGGUCAUCUCUCCUACUGACCUCGUCCGGAAGGCCAGAAGCAAAGUGUUUCACCUCAACUGCUUCACGUGCAUCAUAUGCAACAAGCAGCUGUCCACCGGCGAAGAGCUCUACAUCCUGGACGAGUCUAAAUUCGUUUGCAAAGAGGAUUACCUGAACAACAGCAACGGCAAAGACGCAAACCUGCUCUCCAUAACGACGUGCAGUGAGCCGAGCCUGUCUCCGGACUCUCAGGACCCGCAGGAUGAUGGGAAAGACUCGGAGGCGGGUCACCUCUCGGAUAAAGACACGUGCAGUAAUGAGAACGAUGAGCAGAGCGCAGGAGCGAAGCGACGCGGCCCGCGCACCACCAUCAAAGCCAAACAGCUCGAGACGCUCAAAGCGGCUUUCGCGGCCACGCCCAAGCCCACGAGGCACAUCCGGGAACAGCUCGCGCAGGAGACCGGCCUCAACAUGCGGGUCAUUCAGGUCUGGUUCCAGAACCGUCGCUCGAAGGAAAGACGUAUGAAGCAGCUGAGCGCACUGGGGGCGAGACGUCACGUGCUGUUCCGCAGUGCGAGGAGAAUGAGGGCGCUGGGGGAGCGAGUGGAACCCGCCGAGCUCAUGAUGCCCAAUGGCCACUUCUCUUAUUACGGAGAUUAUCAAGGAGAAUAUUACGGACCAGGAGGCAACUAUGACUACUUUCCUCCAUCCUCCCAAGCUCAAACUCCUGGUGAUCUGGGCUACGUUCCCUCCUCAGGCCCAGCUGGCACUCCGCUGGGCACCAUGGACCUUCACCAUUCUGGACAUCACCCCACUGGAGAGAGCCAGUGUUUUGGCGAGAUGGUGCCACAGCAUCCGGACGACUCCCCAAGCCCAGAGCACAGCAUCUCAGCGGAUGUGAGCGGCGCGUUCACCUCGAUCAGCUCGCUCACCGUUAACGGAUACAGCAGUCAGCUCUCUCAGCCUUCGUCAGAGAUAAGCGAAGGCACCGUGUGGUAGCCGUGAGCACUCGGGCCGAGAGACGUGGCCAAACGGACUCAGGUUUAAGACAGCCUGUAAAAAACAAACGGACCAGAUCUUAACGUCAGUUUUGAUAGAUCUAUUAUGUUAUGUAUUUAUCUAUUUAUUUGUCUAUUUAUUUAAUGUAUUUAUCUAUUUAUGGCCAAUGUAUGACUUUAAUCGGUUUGUUUACAUUUCUAUUUAUUCGUUCGGCAGACAAUUUUAUACAAAUCGCUUUUAUUACAAAUGAAGCCAGUCGGUCAGGGGAUUUGAACCACUGAACUCCUGAGUAUCCCUGGUUGACUGUAUAUGAACUGUAAACAUCAUCGACGGUUCUGUCAGUAGCACUAUUAUUUGUCCUGCCAAGAAAUUAUUUAUUUAUUUAUUUAUUUACGUACGUCCAUGAAUACAAAGAAGCCACGGUAUCUACCGCUUUGAAAUUGUUUAUUGCUAAUAAAUGGUUUAUUAUUGCUAAUAAAUCGGCUGAUUUUUAGCAUAACAUAGAUGGCGAGUGUUUGCAAAACAUGUUUGGACAUGUUCACUUCAUUCUGUAUCAGCUGCUUAUGUUGUAUUGUAUAUUUUAUCUCGGUUGAGGUGUCAUGUAAACAAAAACCCAUGUGUGCAGUGGCUUUUUUUCCCUAGGAGCUCUCUACCAAAUCUCAUGCCUUCGAAAAAGGAAACUUUAAAAACCGUUCACGAGCCCUUUAUUUGAAAAUUAAAUCUAACUUCUACAAGACAGAGUUGAGUUUUCUUGAGUUCCUGAAGUACUGAUGCCACAUCUGGAAACCAGUUUACCGCCUGGCGAAGAUGGUCUACCAGUCUGACCAGCACAGUCUGUGUUUUGGCAACUGGUAGCUGGUAAGCCCAGACUGGGUUAUUCACCUGGGAUGAAACAUCCCUUUACAUCCCUGGGAUGUAAAGAAACUUUUAUAAUAAUGAAACAAAACAUUUCUACAUAAGAAAAAUGACUACAAAAAGCCAU